GACGGAACUAAAAUUUUAGACAGCAUUCGUGGCUUCCUUUCCUCUUUGGAUAUUUCUCUCUCUCUUUGGAGUUGGUGAUAAAGCAUUGGUAAAACUUUCAUCAUGCGUUCCCAAAUUGCUGCUAUUCUUUUGGUUGCUGUUUUCAGCUGCGAAGCUACCUUCCUUCCCGGAGGUUACGGUUUAGGUGGAACUAGCUACGGAGCUUUAGGAUUAGGUUACCCUGCAGGUAUUGCUAACGCUUAUGCUCCCCCGGCAUACAAUCCAGCGCCUGCAACAGUGAAAGUUACUUAUGUUGUUCCAUCAGAUCUUGGUAACUAUAUGGUCGUGAACGAUAUCGCCGGUGCCCCCGUAGCUAGCUAUGCAGUGGUUGACCCAAGCGUUGGACUUAAAGACACUGUUGCCCGCUAUGUAGCUCCAGUGAAAACUACUGGAAACAUUGCCUAUGUUGUCAAGAAAUGAAAAAACGAUGAAGUUAUCCUCUGAAAUCUGCCUUGAAGACUGCCAUUUACGAUUCUUGAAUAUCUUUCCGGAAAACUACCUCAAGAUCUGAUCUUAGACGCUUGAAUCUUCUGGGAAGAAUUCAUGAAUUUUUAUAAGAUGUUUUUAAAUUUUCUUAUUUUCUGUUGUACAAGUUCAUAAAUAAAAUAUUUU